GCAGUUUGGAUGAGAUUUGGAUAUGAUGUUACACUUGCAAACUGAAGGAUGAAGCCAAUUUAAACCACAAAACAAGUCCAUAUGGACAAUAUGUUGAGUUACAGCAAUGCAAACAUGCCUACAUAUGUGUUAUUCAACCAGCAAUGACACUUUCCACACAAAUGGAUGGAUACUUGGACUCCUGAGGAUAAACACAUGAAAAAAGCAGACGUCGGAACUACAAAUAUAUCUAUGUGAAGAUGUCUCCAGGGCUCUUUGGAGUGAUUUUAGUCAAUGCAAUGAUUGUGGGUAUAUGUGAACCAACUCAGUCUUGGUCAGACAGGGAGAAUAGAAGAUUAUUGCAGGAUUCACCUGACUCAAAUAUUCUGCUCCAAGAAGAUGCAGUGUACCAGUUUGUGAACACAUCUUUCAGUUUUGAACAAGCUUUGCGUUACUGCAGUGGUCAGUUCAGUGCCCUCACAACCUCAGGGGUUAAACAGGAUGAGACGGGGGCCAAGCAGUUGCUCUCUAAAUCCAACCUGACCGGCCCCAUUUGGUUUGACAAGAGACAGAAAUCGACUGCCCAUCCGGCAUUUUCCAUACAAACAUCAGUCCUCCCAGGCUUAUCUUUCCAGUCUAACGAUGGCUUUGCCAAAUUAAAAGCUUCUUUUCCAUCGCUGCCGGCGGUGAGUGUGUGCAUGCGCUUGCAGUGGGAUCCGUGGCACGAGAACAUUUCCACUGUGUUCUCCUACGCAGCGCCUGGUUUCAUCAAUGAAUUUCAGCUGCGCGGACAGAUAGAUGAGCCAAAAAAAAAAAAAUCACCAAAAAAAGUCAGACUAGCGCUUCUCAUUAAAGGACAACACCAUCCUUACAAAGCUGACCUCCCCCUUGAUAAAGACUGGCACCACAUUUGCGCCACCUGGCGCGCGAUUGAUGGAUUUUGGGCCAUUUAUGUGGACGGAAAAGAGGGCGAUUCGGCAAAGGAAAAUCUACAGCAAGCUAGUCCCAAGCCCAUCGACGGAAACGGGAUAUUUAUAUUGGGGCAAGACCAGGACACCUUUGGUGGGACAUUUACCGAGCCGUUUGUGGGAAACUUGACUGAUCUGAACAUUUGGGAUGUAGAUCUGAUGUUAAACCAGGUGCAAGCGCUGAAUGCAUGUUUACCACUGACCAAUCACAGAGCGAUCUUUAGAUGGCAGGACUGGAACCUCACUGUCAAUCCAUCUGUCAAGAAUGUGUCUGCAACACUAAACUGUCCAGGGUCCCUGAAUCAAACGCAGAUACAGAAAAAGGAAUGUAAAAUUUUGACUGGCUGGUUAGAUGAUCAUGCUCAGUACAGUACUGUCCCCUGCACACAAACACACACUUUCAUCUGCACAAUCAACAAAGAACGCUAUCUGAAGAUGAAGGAACUGCGAGAGUCAAUGAGUUCCAACCCAAGCCCCUUCAUGCAACAUCUUAUGCAGCUUGGCAUGACCACAGAGGAUAUACUGUCGGAUACUGUAGAUGGGCAGAGUUGGAACUCAGUUUCCCAUCUGUUAAAUGUGUCUGAGCAGGCUGUUUUAAAGGAACAGAAAAAUUUGGAGGGCAGGGACAUGAUCUCUCUUAUCCAUGUGCUUUCUCGUGCCGCUGAUCUGCCCAGUACAGCCAACCAGACCAGCCAUGAUGCAGAGAAACUCGGUCAGAGCUUCAUUACCCUGGCAGAUUCACUCAUCAGUCAGGACAAUGCCAGCAAAUGGAACAGCAUCAAAGAGGUAGUGAAGGGUCCGAUGGCUGUGAUACACACUGUAGACCGCAUGAUGAGCAACCUCAACUCUCUGCUCAUGGAGGACAAAGACAGUGUACAGAUUCAAAGCCAGCAUAUCAAGUUGCAGGUCCAACAGAAGAUUCUCUCUGAACGUUUUGAAGGUUCUGAUGCUUCUGCGUUUUGUGGAUCAGAUCUGGGAAAUCGUGACUGCAUCUCUGUACCAGCUGAAAAAAUGAAGGAACUUCAGAACAGGGGCUUCAAAAAGGUGACUAUGUUGAAUACAUGGUACAGCACAGUGAAAUGCCUUUCAGAAAGAGAGCAGAAGUUUAACUUUUCACCUAUAGUCACGGAUGGCCACCUCAGGUAUCGGGGAACAGUCUUGGGUUCGUCAAUCAUCUCCAGUACAGUGUUGGGAGAUGGACAGCCAAUCAGCAUGACCAUACACUUCACACUCCAGCACAGUGUGAGUCAGAACUCUUCAGUGAAUAUAACACCCACCUGUGCUUUUUGGGAUUUUGACCUGAUGCCAGACGGGGGAGGGUGGUCAACAAAGGGCUGUGCCGUCAUUUCCACUCAAGAUAACUCUACUUCCUGUUACUGUAAUCACACUACAAACUUUGCAAUGCUGUUGCUGAUAUAUGAUGUCAAUUGGAGUACACAAGAUGAGAUGCGCCUGCAGAGCUUUACUUUGAUUAGUUCUGGUGUGUCUCUAUGUGGACUGAUCCUCACAUUGAUUCUCUUUCUUGCUGUUGGUGUUCCAAAGUCAGAUCGCAUUACAGUUCACAAAAACCUGAUCAUGGCUCUGGCUGUGGCUCAGUUAUUGUUAAUAUCCAGUGACUGGGCCACUGGAAACCAGGAAGCCUGUUGGCUGGUGACAGCACUCCUUCAUCUGUUUUACCUAUCGUCUUUCUGCUGGAUGCUGGUGGAGGGGUUACUGCUCUGGAGUAAAGUUGUGUCUGUUAACAUCAGUGAGGAGAGGAGAAUGAAGCUUUACUACGUGCUGGGCUGGGGGCUGCCGGUUGCUAUAGUUGCUAUAACUUUGACAGCCUCGUUGAACCAGUAUAAAGCAGAGAAGUACUGCUGGCUGAACAUUCAGUCACAUGUCAUUUGGUCUUUUGCAGGGCCUGUGAUCUUUGUUUUGGCUGUCAAUUCUGUGGUGCUUUUUAGGGUUGUCAUGAUUACAGUGGCCAGUGCACGCCGCAGAGCAAAAAUGCUGACGCCCAGCUCUGAUUCAAAACUUCAAACACUGGAUCUUACUUGGGCAGCAACCCGUCCAGUGCUGAUCUUGUUGCCAGUGUUAGGUCUGACCUGGCUGUGCGGUGUGUUGCAACACUUAUCUAUUGUUCUGACCUAUCUGUUCAUCACACUCAAUGCUUUUCAGGGCCUGUACAUUUUUUUGGUGUAUGCAGUUUACAACAGUGAGGUGCGGAGCGCUAUAAGAAGAAUUCAGGAGAAACGGAAAGCCUUGUCGUUUACAAACUGCUCUCAACCUGUCAGCUUCUUGCCCUCUCAAAAAUCUGCCAGUGGCUCAUGGGUUCACAGCCUGCCAACUCAGUCCAGUCGAGAGAGCAGUGAGAGCGGCACUCCCAUCACCAGCUCCACAGUCAACUCUCUGGUCUUUAAGAAUGAGCGUUAUAAAGAUGAAAGCACUGUGAGUUUCUCAUUAAAACAAGCCAACAAAAGUCAGGUGGUUCAGCUUACAGCCUUUAAGCCCUCAGACUGUUAAAGAGAAGACUACGCUACACAGGCUCAAGCCAUAUCCUGGGAUGAAGACAUAACUCCAUAUGUGGUGCAACACACACACACACACAAAGAGCAGCUUGAGAAAGCUCUGCCUCCCCCACAGAUCUCCGGCUCUAUCAUUCCCAGCGCUGAAUCUCUCUAAAACAUUAAACAAGUGUUUUAGUAACUGUUCAUAAGAAUGCACCCAGCAGGACACAUAAAGACCUCUCAGUGUCACGUGUUUGAUCAUUUUAGAUGUCUUGAUAAUGUUGCAUAUGUUGUGACAGCACAGAAGCUCAUAGAACUAAGAAUGGAGCAUAUAUUUCACAUUGUUAAUCAUGACCAGACAACAGAUUUAUGUUGUUAGUGAUCGUCAGUGGACUGUGCAAAAUAACACUAUAUCAUUUCAAACUGUAAACAACAUUACAGUUUAUAAAAAAUGAAAUAAGGUGUUUUUAACAAAGACUUUAGAUCUAUGCUCGAAUGCUCCAAGUGUACUUGUUUGACACUGACUAUGUGAACAUUGUCUUAUCACAACAAGCAAAUGACACGUCAAGCCUUUUCGACAUUUAAUCACAUGCAGGAUAUGAAUUAUAGAUAUCUGUAAUUAAGUUUUCACUAGCAAUGGAAUUUCUACUAGUAAAAAUUGUAAUUCUUGAAUUCUUAAUUCUAUGAAAAGUGAUGUCAUUACACAAGGAAAUACAUACUUUUUAGGUAACAAUUUUUUUUUUUUUUUUAAAUAUCAAUAUUACAUUGUUACAAGUGCAAAUGCCUCUUUACUGAUAUAAAAAAAUUGGAUUACAACUAGUAUUUUGAAGUGCAUUUUUAGCUAAGGAUAAUAUUUUUGUUUAUCACUAGCGGCAAUGUUCAUUUCAGAUAUAUUUAAUGUUAUUGUAGCAAGUGAGAAAGCCUUUUAUUUUAUCUUUAAUUACUCUGCAGUUUAUUGUUAUAUUUCUGGAUAUUUGAAAUAUCAAAUCUAACAUAAUGAAAUAAAUGUACAGAUAUAAAAAAUAUGCAUGUUUGCAUCUAUUCUAAUUCAACUGUUGAUAUUUGGAAUGGAUAUUUGUGUCAAUGUAAUUAAUAAUUUCAAAAAUUAGAAUUUUCACUAUGAUGAAGUACACCGUUGAUUUGUGUAGUUGCAUAGAUAUCUGUAAUUGCAUUUUGAUCAUUGUGAAGUUUUACUAUUUAAAAUGCAGUUACAGCUAUCAAUAAUUAUUUUAUUAGAGGAAAUUACAUUUUUAUAUCAACAGGUAUUUUCAUGAGUAAUAAUGUCAUUUUUUGGAUGUUAAAAAUGACAGUUUUUACUAGUGCAAACGUAAUUACAGGUAUCAAGAAUGAGCAUUUUAACUAGUAAAAAAUGUAAUUGUCAAUAUAUAUAAUGAAUUACCUGCAUGUGAUAUAAUGUCGAAACGGCUUGCAAUACAAACAAGUGUAAUAUACAAACACAAAAUGUCCAUAAAUUCUGGAAAUUUGCCUUGAUAGCUUGUUAUGUUUAUUUAAUGGAAUACUUUGUUGUCUGUCAUGUGCUAUAAUCCUACUACACUAAAUCAUUUUAUUCUAAUGGGCAUUCACUAUUGUUAUAAAAAACUGCAGUACCACUUUUUUACUCUUUCAAUUAUAACUAAUGUUGGUGUUUAUGUGAAAGUGUGUAUCUCUGUAGUCAUUUAUGAAUACAAAAAUUCACAAGAAAAACUACAUGAAAUUAUGUUAAUUUCAAAAAGGUUUCAGACCGUCGGAGCUUACCAUAAUUUCAUUUAGUUUUCUGUGGUUAUAGAAAAGUAUCUUUUUUUUUUAAAUAAUACAAUGAAAUCUAUAAAUUACAACAACAAAAUAAAAUGUAUAAAAAUUAUGAUCUUAAAUGUUUCAAAUGGAUUUCAAAAGAUGCACUCACUUUUCUGAGCUCAUACGAGUAACAAAAUGUGUAAAUGACCUUCCUAUAACCUCUUUUUAUUGCCGUACUGAAGAAACACUAAAAAAAGAGCCCAUUCAAAGUAAGAUUGCUUCUAGACUGCCACACACACACACACACACACACACACACACACACACACACACACACACACACACACACACACACACACACACACACACACAGAGUCAUCAAGUCAUUUUUCAUGAACUGCAGCAUGUAUUUUAUUUGGAUUAUUGUGACCAAUUUCUUUUCAGUUAAAUGGAAAAACAAUAAAUGUGUAAUCUAUGUAAAAAUGUGCUUUAACUAUCUCAGUUGUUCAUCGCUUGUACAUGUUGAUGAUAAUUGUUUCA